CCACACACAUUUAUGUACCUCUUUGUCGUUUCUCCUUCUCGUACGUAAUAGAGAUCGUUCGAAAGUAUAAAAGAUACGAGAUAGACGACGAACGAGGUUGAGUUUUCGCGAGAUUCUCAAUCAUGACGACACGCUGUGAUUUUCGUUUUCUCAUUGAGAAAUGUGCAUUUCUCUUUCUCGUUAUUAUCGUUUCCACUUACGCGAAGAAAGCAUACGAUCAAUCGAAUUGUUCUGGACCAUUGAAAUAUUACGAAAGUUUGGGUUGCAAGCCCGUUUAUGCGAACAAAUCUGAUUGUUGUGCUGUUCGAUAUAAUUGCGAUCAUCUUAAAUUAAGAUCUAGGAAUAAGUGUUACGUGAAUGGCAAAGAAUAUUCGAUCGGAGAAAAAUUGAAAGAAGAAGAUAGAAAUGCUUGCGAUAUAGGUUGUUUCUGCGCGGAAGGAAGUGAUGGGAUUGCUUCGUUUAGAUGUGCCAUAGUCGAUUGUCCUCGUAUUAGGUAUCCUUCAAAUUGUUAUUUAAAACAUUCACCAAGUCAAUGUUGUGGCGGACCAAAAGUUUGUCUUGAUGAUAUAAAACAAAGACCGAAGUGCAAUAUAAGCGGUGAAAUUUAUUACGACGGUGAACGUUUCGUAGUAGAUUCUGAUCCUGAUUUAAGGUGUUAUUGUCAACCUGGUUACCAAGGAAAGAACGUCGAACCUUUUUGCAAGAAACCAAAUCGUCCUUAUUGUAGUCAAGAUUUUCGUAAUCCUCGUGUUGUUUAUGAAAAUUGUGCACCGGUUUAUUAUUAUGGUCAAUCACUUCACAAGGAUUGUAAUUUUUCUACGAGAUGUCAAAAUGCCAAUGACACUGUCAUUCGUGAUGUUGGACCAGGCAGGGACGAGUCCUUGAUGUGUAUGUUUGGUAAUUUGAAAAUGCAUGUCGGUGAUAAAUUGAGUCAACCAGUUAAUACUUUCCGUCCUAUGAAAUGUUUGUGUGAAGUACCACCAGUGGUAACAUGUCAAUAUGAAGUAUAAACGAUUCGAGAAAGAUAUAUUUAAUUAUAAUUAAACGAGAAAAAGGAUCCAUUCUCUAUGAUCACUUGAAAAAUUAAAAGAAAUGAAUAAUUGUUACUUGUUAAUUAUGUAUGUGAAAAUGUUUUCGACGUGGUACUUAUAUAUAAAACAAAGAAAAGAAACAAUUAAAAAGUAAAAAGAAUGAUGGUUAAAUGUUAAUUUAACAAUAAUGAUUUCUAUUAUAAGUUUUAACAUUUUUGUGAUACGAUUAUAUCAAAGUACGUAAGUACUAUUACGAAUAGAAUAAUUGCUCUACGUUUAACAGCCUUCUCUCUCUCUCUCUCUCUCUCUCCCUCUCUCUUACUCCCUCUCUCUUUAAAAAUGCUUAAAGUUUUUCGUUAUCAUUCGAGAACAGAACGAGUAAGACGACGACUCUGUUAUCGCACGUUUAACGAAGAGAAAAAAUAGUUUCCAACUUUCUUUCCAAGUAGACACGAAUUGUCGUUGUGUGUGUAUGUGCGCGCGUGUGUGGGUGAGACCAAGUACUUCGAAAAGUUUCCAAACUGACAAAGUAUUCUCUCAACAUGUAAAUAUUAAUUUGGAAAUAUAAUCACAAAGAAAAGAGAAGCGAAAAGAAUCGAAUUCGUCUGAAACUAUUUUUUCCUUUUUUUUUCUUGUUAUUUUAUUAAUUUCUCUUUGCAAAAUGAUAAAGAGAGGGAGAGAGAGAGAGAGAGAAGAAAAUCGCAAGACUUACUAUAAGGUAGCCCAUUAAUAUGCAUCAUUAGCAUUAUCUGUACUUUGAUGCUUAACUUUAUUUUUUUUCCCCCUUUUUUUAAAAAAGAUAUUAGAAACCUUA